UGCUCUUUUCUGUAUUUCACUCACUCACUCUCUCUCUCUCUCUCUCUCUCUCUAGCUAUGAAGCCGCCGCCUAAACGGACUUUGGUUCUUCGGGUUCGACCUCGAUGACUGAGUUGAAUCGGUUUUACACAUCGCUUCAUUUGAACAAGAACAGAAAAGACAAUGGGGGAGCAGGAAAAUUCCUCACCAAUGACAGUUUCUACAGCUUCUGCGGAAGCUAGCAUAUCUUCCUCUGGUUACCAAACCACGCCAGUUGAAGUGGCACCUCCGAAGAAGAAAAGAAACCUCCCUGGAAUGCCUGAUCCAGAUGCGGAGGUAGUCGCUUUAUCGCCGAAAACUCUUCUCGCUACUAACCGUUUCGUGUGCGAGAUCUGCAACAAAGGGUUUCAGCGAGACCAGAACCUUCAGCUUCACCGACGAGGUCACAACUUGCCGUGGAAGCUCCGGCAGCGAACCUCCAAAGAGAUACGCAAGCGAGUCUACGUCUGUCCAGAGCCUUCUUGCGUACACCACAACCCAGCGAGAGCUCUGGGCGACCUCACUGGAAUCAAGAAACACUUUUGUAGAAAACACGGCGAGAAGAAAUGGAAGUGUGAACGGUGCUCUAAGAAAUACGCCGUACAAUCCGAUUGGAAGGCGCAUAUGAAAACUUGCGGUACCCGAGAGUAUAAAUGCGACUGCGGAACACUAUUCUCUAGAAGGGAUAGCUUUAUAACACAUAGGGCUUUUUGCGAUGCGUUAGCGGAGGAGAGCGCGAAGGCUCAGACCUUAGCGGGGAAUUCGGAAGCAAAAGCUGUGGUAGCUUCGCCACCGCCACCCCCUCAUACGCCAUCGACUACUGUGGUUUCUCCAGCUUUGUCAAUUCAGAGCUCAGAAUUGCCGGAAAAUCCAAUAGGUUUGUCGCCGCUUACUCAGGGUGCGACAUGCUUGACCACCAUCACCACUUCCAUUAGCAACAGCUCUAGCAGUAACUGCAAUAAUAAUAAUAAUAGCAGCAGCAGUGUAUUCGCUAGUAUAUUCGCACCUUCAACUGCUGCACCAGUUUCACAACCACCACAAACAUCAACAUCCUCCUUCUCAAAUCUAAUCUCCGCUUUGGCUCGCUCAGAUUGUUCAACUUCACACCCAUCAAUUUCAGUCAUCGAACCCACAUCCCUUUCGCUCUCCACUUCUCUCUACUUGUCCAACAAUGGCUCUUCCCUCUUCCCAACUCCCGAUCAAGACCACCAUCGCCAAUACACUCCCUCCGCUCAGCCAGCAGCAAUGUCAGCCACCGCAUUGCUUCAGAAAGCAGCCCAGAUUGGUGCAGCAGCAUCGAACACAUCGUUGCUUCGUGGGUUCGGCUUGGCGACAUCGUCGUCAUCUCCUGGUCAAGAUAACAGCACGGCCACUCAGUGGAAUAUGAAUUUCCAAUCCAAACCAGAAAAUAACAACUCGUCGGUGGCAGCAGGGCUCGGGCUUGGACUUCCUUCGGCUGGGAAUUCUACUUUGACUGAUCUUAUGAUGGGCCCCGCCGCGGCUUUUGGGAGCCAGCCAAUGACGCGUGAUCUUCUUGGACUGAGCAUUGGGGUUGGUGGGGCUUCCACGGGUGGACUCUCUGCUUUGCUUAAUUCCUUCAGCGGUGGUAAUGGCUUCGAUAAUAUUACGGCAGCUGCUGCUGCUGCGACGUCGUACGGAGGUGGAGGUGGUGGAGGUUCCCAGAGAGAGACAUGGGAAGGUCCAUCUGAAAGAAAGCCCAGUGGGCCGUCAUUGCACUAGACGAAGCCCUUAUGUUGCUGUUUGUUUUAUUGAUAGGUAAAUAGAUGUUGCACCCCUUUAGAAACUGAUCAUGCGCUAGCUCCUGGUUUUUAUUAAGAUUCUUCUUCCACGUCAACUCGGUGAAGGAUCAGAGUGAGUUGGUGGCUUUAGAAAAACUUUGUUUUGAAUCUUCGUUAUUUGUGUUUUGUAUUUUUAGUGUAUUUAAUUUGGGGGAUUAGCACCUUUUUGUUUAGGCAAUUAGUUCAAUUACUUUGUUAGGAAAAUAUUAAUUAAUGGAAGAAGUUUGUACAGCAACAUAUGUAUGUAGUUGAAAUGAAGCACAGAGGGAAGAAAAAACGAAAUUGUUAUUA